UGGUCUGUUUUGUGCCCAUUCGGGCCUCUUCAUUAUUGAGCUUCCUGCGAAAAACGGGAGGUUUCGUACUCUGUAUCUUCGUUCUUUUAGCACUUGACCCCCUAACCAGAGGGCUCAUCUGUUUUGUCUUUCUACCUGGGGGGGGGGGGCCCCCAGGUUUUUUUUUCACUAACAUAGGGACCUCUCCUGCCUUAGACGGUUCUGCGUCCAUGACUGGACCUAGUCUUUGAGACGCUGGGAUCCUCGCUUGACUUGUAGGGGAAUUUGAGUGAUCGCCUAGGCGAAGAGCUAUAGGAACCCUUUCCUGGGGGCUUACCCUUGUCUCUGCUCUCCUUAUUUCAGAGUUCACGAGUUGUUGUUGCUCCAUUUGUCCCCGUCUGUUAGAAUCUGAGAUUCUGUCAGUGUGAGCAGGUCUCUUUUUGGGUCUCAAGAUGGGCAGCUGAUGGUGGAAACUGGCUUAGACGCCUUCAGAUUCUCAAUCUCUUGGUCUAGGCUUAUACCGAAUGGAAGAGGCCCUGUUAACCCAAAGGGUCUUCAGUUCUACAAGAACUUCAUCAAAGAACUUGUAGCCUAUGGAAUUGAACCACAUGUUACAUUGUUCCACUACGAUCAUCCUCAGUAUCUUGAGGAUGAAUAUGGAGGAUGGAUCAACAGCAGAAUCAUCGAAUAACUUUACUGCUUAUGCAGAUGUUUGCUUUAGAGAGUUUGGGAAUCACGUCAAAUUCUGGACCACUAUAAACGAGGCUAAUAUAUUCACUACUGGAGGCUACAAUGAUGUUGUUACACCGCCUGGUCGUUGUUCCUCAUCACCGGGAAGAAACUGCUCAUCAGGGAACUCUUCCACUGAACCAUAUAUC